UUCAAAGACUAGAGGGAAAAUGUGGGUUGCAUUUAGGUUUCUAUCAUCCUCACCACACGAGGGAAGAGGAAGUUAAGCUACGAAUCUGAGAGGCUUUCAUUUGUAGUUUUGCUGAUCUUCAACAAAGACACCCUGAUGCAAAUGCUAAUAAUCCUGUGUGAUGAUCAUAAUUUCACUGAAACUCCUUUUAACAAUGUGUUUUGGCUGCUUAGCUACAGGUCCCAGUAAUAUAGCAGUCAUCCAAACACCAACAAAAAUACAUCUAUCAAUUGGAGACUACACUGAAAUCGCCUGUAUUUGGGAAAAAUCUGUUGUGAGAUACAGAGUAAGCUGGUAUCUUGUUAGUAAAGAGAACAUCACCAAAACUAUCUCAUCAAAACUUCUGUAUGUAUACAAUGAUACCCGUGAAAGCAAGGAUGUGCUGGUGAUAAACUCUGCCAAUAUAAAUGACACUGGAUUUUACUACUGUGAGAUAAUUAUUGAAAUACCUUUCUGUAAGAAAGUAUGUGGAAAUGGGACAACAGUGAUUGUUGAAGAGAAAGAGGCUCACUCAUUGAAAAAGAGAGAUCUGGCAAUCUGCGCCAUCAUUCCUUUCUUUGUGGCACCGGCAAGCUUGUAUCUUUGCUACAGAAAGAAACAGAAACAGCACUCAAAACUUCCCAGUUCUGCAUUGCUUGCUGUGCCAACAGGAGGGCAUCAGGGGGAGCGAAUGCUCGAGGCUGCAGAAGUUCAUGGGAGAAGCGAAUCCACCAGUGGAGCAGCUGAGGAAAACUCGGCUGAAUGGGCUGUGUCUAUCAUUUAUGAAUCACUUGAUUCUUUUUUGCAAUGAAUCAAGAAGAAAAGAUGAGAAAUCCACUGCAACUAUUGUAUCCUGUGUAGCUGAUGAGCAAAUCCCACAAACUAGGGCAGCUGAAAAGUCUAGAAUGAGACAAGGACUCUCCAUCUGCUUUGACAUUCAGAACUAAAAGGACAUAAAAAAAUAUGGCUAAAAAGCUAUAAAACUGAAAACUAUGAUAAUUUGCUGCUGAAGGAUGGAUUCUGUGAGUUUCCUGUCAGAAGCAUGUCAGCAGGACAGGAUGCAAGAAAAAAGAUUGGUUCCAAGCAGUCUCUGAAUGUUUUGUCACUAACAAAACCCUGUGAGGAGCCUGUGAAUUUGGAGGACAUGUUAUUUUAGAAGACUGGCUUCAAUUCUUCCCCCUGUAUCUGGAAAUAAAAGAUGUGCUGCCAUAGUCUGAAAAAUCUUCUGGACUGAACAACAUUCUCCAACAGAAGCAUUUCUUCAGGGAGUUCAUGUAGAAAUAGCAGAAGGUAAAAUAGAAGUGCAUAUGGUGGUAAUUGUUUGACC